AUGUUGUUGCGUAAGCUAGAUGGAGAGCUACGCAAAAAAUUUGAGGAUGGUAGAGAAGACAGUCAGAAAAUCCCCUCAGUAGAAGAAAUCAUGUCAUUUUUAGAAGAUGAACGUACUCAUAUGGAAGCUGCUAAUCUUUCUAGUCUAAGGAUAUCCUCUGCCCCCCACUCUAACGUCAAAUCAAACUCUGAUUAUUCUAAGGUAACUAAUAAGCCUCGUACAGUUCUGCUAUCUGCCCCCGGGUUACCUCAGAAUCCCAGGUGUGCUUUUUGUAACAAAAGUGGUCAUGUGAUCUAUAGGUGUACUGACUUUCAAGCUAUGACUCCCUCCUCUAAAUUUGAGUUCAUAAAAAAGAAACACUUCUGUUUCAAUUGUCUUGGCACAGCUCACAGCUCAAAUGAUUGUAAAUCAAAACGUUCAUGCUUUCAUUGCGGUAAGAAACACCACUCAUGGCUGCAUUUAUCAAAUCGCUCCACACCAACCAGUACGCUAACCCCCCUUCCCUCUCAGCAAGUGAAAAGGAAUGUAGUUGACACAAAUCUCUCAGUGUCAGCCUCAGAUAAGGAAAAACAUCCAGUGGUUGUGUUUUCUCAAAGUAAUGUUGUCAAGUCUUCAACAGUACUAUUAGGCACUACCCUUGUGUAUGUUAGUAACAAAGAUGGCCAUUCUCUGGUUUUAAGAGCUGUACUAGACUCUGGCUCUAUGAUUUCAUGUUUGACUGAAAAUGCAGCUAAUCUCUUGUCCUUAAAUAGAUGGCAUAAUGGACAUAGUUAUGUAGAUGGCCUCUCUUCCUCUCACAUCAGUACCAAAGGUGCUUCAAAGGUAAAUAUCUCUUCUCUCAAUGGUACAGACAUUGUGAAGAACCAUCCUGUGGUUAUAUUGGAUAGGAUAACUUCGGAUCUUCCUCAAGCUCGAAUAUCAGCAGCGUUCAAGAAUAAGUUGAAGCACCUAGUUCUAGCAGACCCUACUUUUGACCUACCAAGCUCUGUGGAUAUGUUGUUAGGAGCUGACUUGUUUUGUAGGAUUGUAACGGAGGAUCACGUGACAUUUGGAGACAACAUGCCUAUGGCAAUGAACUCUGUGUUUGGUUAUCUAAUUGUAGGACCCACUCCCCUAGAAAGAACCCCAUGUAAGGAGGGGACUUUAUCUUUACUCACAACUCAUGAAGUUGAUCUGCAUCGUUCCCUACAACGAUUUUGGCUGUUAGAAGAACCUCCGCUAAAAAUAAAACCCUCUCCUGAAGAUGAUCUAUGUGAACAGUUGUUUUUAGCUCACCAUUCCAGAGACUCUAAAGGUCGCUACACGAUCCGACUACCCUUCAGGGAGGCACCCGCUCCCCUAGGCAACUGCUCAGAAAAUGCAAAACGUAGAUUUCUUUCACUGGAAAAACGCUUGAACGCAAAUCCUGAACUAAAAACAGAUUAUGUGAAAUGUAUGAAUGAUUAUAUGGAAUCUGGUCACAUGGAGAUAGUGACCCAGGACAGACUUGAUGAAUCUCAACAUUUUUUCUUGCCCCAUCAUGCUGUAGUUAAAAAUGAAUCAUCGUCUACAAAGCUCAGAGUUGUCUUCAAUGCUAGCGCCCCCUCCUCUACAGGGAUUUCUCUCAACCAGACGUUUUUAUCUGGGCCAAAGCUGCAAAAUAAAAUUUGUGACAUUCUUAUUAAUUUCAGACUACAUCCUAUUGUAAUGUCCUGUGACAUCAAGCAAAUGUUUAGACAGAUUAAAAUGCACCCUGAAGAUCAAAACUUUCAGCUUCUCUACUGGAGGAAGGAUUCAUCGCUCCCCCUGAGUAUCUAUCGAUUAACAACUGUUGUUUUCGGCUUUGUGAGUUCCCCAUUUUUGGCAAUACGAACAUUGAAACAACUUGUCCUAGAUGAAGGUCAAAACUAUCCAUUGGCAUCCAAAGUGAUGGAAAAACAGGUUUACGUUGAUGAUUUAAUAUUUGGAGUCGACUCACCAGAUGAAGCUCGAACUACGCAGAAAGAAAUUAUUGAUCUUCUGUCAAAAGGUGGUUUUGAUUUGAGAAAGCUUGAUAUCCCGGAGAAGCCCCUUACCAAGCGAAACAUCCUCUCAGCCGUUGCUCAAAUUUUUGACCCUUGUGGAUAUCUUGCUCCUACCAUCUUCUGGACCAAAGCCCUCUUACAACUUCUUUGGACUCUAGGACUGAAAUGGGAUGAACCCAUUCCUACUGAUGUUGCAGAAAAAUGGAACAAGUUUUAUGACCAACUCCCUCAACUGAGAAAUAUUUUCAUGCCUCGAUAUGUACACCUGAAUGAUGCCGUAGAUGUACAGUUACACGGUUUCUCAGACGGUUCCGAAGCAGGUUAUACCAGUUGUCUACAUCCGAACUGUCUCAGCAGAUAA